UGUUGUGGGCAUUCAAAUCGUAGUAAGCUCUCGUUCCGAACGGUCGCAACCUAAACUUGGCUCCAAAGACCCCUGCGCUCCGUUUCAUUUCGCGGCAAACAACACACAUUCCAGUGCACAGUGCAACGCGCCCAAGACCAACCUACAUUUUAACCAAGUCCCUGCAAGCCCGUUUCUCCAGCCCAAAAACCACUACUCUUCAGUAACGCCAUGUCGUCCAACCGAGCUCCCAAGUCUGGUUUCGCUGCCGAGGCUCAGCGCAAAAUUAACUCAAAGUACAGCGAGGAGCUGGCUCAGGAAUCCCUGGAGUGGAUCAAGGCUGUCACCGCUGAGCCCAUCAACACCUCCGGCGACACCGACAACUUCUUCGAAGUCCUCAAGGAUGGUGUGAUCCUGUGCAAGCUGGCCAACGCCCUGCAGCCUGGAUCCAUCAAGAAGAUCAACGAGAGCAAGAUGGCCUUCAAGUGCAUGGAGAACAUCUCCGCCUUCCUCGAGUGCGCCAAGAACUUUGGUGUGCCCACCCAGGAGACCUUCCAGAGCGUUGAUCUGUGGGAGCGCCAGAACCUCAACUCGGUGGUCAUCUGCCUGCAGUCCCUGGGUCGCAAGGCCUCGAACUUCAACAAGCCAUCGAUCGGACCCAAGGAGGCUGAUAAGAACGUGCGAAACUUCAGCGAGGAGCAGCUGCGCGCCGGCCAGAACGUGAUCUCCCUGCAGUACGGAUCCAACAAGGGCGCCACCCAGUCCGGCAUCAACUUUGGCAACACCCGGCACAUGUAGAGACGGAAGUCUGUGCCGCCCCACUCCCCUCUCAGACAUUCCGCAAUAAAAGCCAAAACCAAAACGCCAACAUCUUCCGCAACCGCCAAAGUUUGGCUAUCUUUGCUUUUGGGUUUCCACAUAUUUCACGUUUCGAGAUAAAUUUUGGGAUGAGCCCCUACCACCCCGAUAAAACAUGAUAUGAUACAGAUAUAUAUUUAUGAUGAUACCGAUUUGUAUUUGUAUUCAGAUUGACCAGGCGUAUGCUGUUAUGUAAUAACAUAAACUACUUUAAUUUAAUAUUAUUAAGUACUCGUACAUACGGAUCUUUAGGAUGAUUUAUUCUAUUUUCAACAUUUGCAUUUGCGACGACGAAAUAUUAAACAGAGCACCCACACAGAUCCUGUGCCAUUGAAGACAGCUUCAAGUUAUCCUGUCCCCAUGCAAAAUGAGAUAAUAAUUGGAUCAACCGAUCGAUAAGGAAAUUGGAAAGAUAAUGGAAAUGAAAUUAGUGUUUUGAUGAAAGUGUCUUCUAUCUCUUAGAGUAACGAUUACAAUGUUGUUUCAAACUAACCACCUGAUUAUACCAAUCAAAAAGCAGAGCAUUUAAAGUUAAAACAAAUCUAUUUACAUACAGAGAACUAUAUAUGUAUUACACACUUUUGAAGAAUCUAUUUUGAAUAAUGUCCCCUGUUGAAAAUAAAUAAUUAUUCUUUUAACAUA